AUGAUGCGUCUACAUAUCUGCAAGUCGGUCCCGUCCGCGACAGCUCUGUUGCGAUCCGUUCCGGCCAGAAUCUUUCUGUUCUUCCUCGUCUUUUACGUCCUCCUCGUCCAGAUCGCUCGCACGACGUACUAUCGAGACCCCUCGUCUGCUUUCUUUGACCCCGAGACAGGCUAUCUGCCACGAUACUCGCACACGCGCUCUGAACAGGCAGAUGCGUUCAUCGAUCAAGUCAACUCCGGCGAGCUCGUCCCGACGCAUUCCUCCGGCGAUGCAGACAUCUGCCUCGGUUUCGCAACGAUAGCUCGCAAUGGCGCCAGAUAUUUUAAAACAGCAGUCGGAUCAACCCUCGAGGGUCUCUCCGAAUCCGAACGAGCGAGCCUGCACCUGAUUCUCUUCGUCGCCCACAGCGAUCCGAACCUGCACCCAGCAUACUCGGAAAAGUGGUUUCACGACGUUGCCGACACAGUACUGCUGUACGACCACGACAAGGUGGAUCUGAACCGGAUUGUUGAAUUGGAGCAGGCGCAGAACAAAUUGUCCGGUAUUGAGAAAGGGCUCUUCGACUAUACCUAUCUUCUCAAGGCAUGCCAGGCCACCAACGCCUCUCAUGUGGUGAUAUUAGAAGAUGAUGUCGUUGCUUUGGAUGGCUGGUUACAUCGUGUGAGAGAAGCACUGGAUAAAGCCGAGAGCCAAACUGCCGACCUAGGACGCUCUGAGUACCUGUACCUGCGGAUAUUUUAUACUGAAGAAUACCUCGGAUGGAACUCUGAAGAAUGGCCGACGUACCUUUUUUUCUCCCUCAUCGCCACGGCAGCGAUUUGGCUCAGCCUUGUGGGAAUACGACACCGCGUUCACUCUUCCAAGCGUUUUCUGUCCAACGAAAGCAUUGCUGUGAUUACCUUUCUAUGCAUGCCACUGUUGAUUGGCUUGUUUUUUGCUUGCGGCCAAGUGUCCAUGCUCCCGAUUGCUUAUGGCGUUCACGAUAUGCCGAGAUUCGGCUGCUGCUCUCAAGGCUUCGUGUUCCCGCAGGAGCGAGUUCCGGAUCUCAUUGAAUUCUACGAGUCGAGACAUGUCGGCUACGUUGACAUGUUGACUGAACAAUAUGCCGACGAUAAUCAAGAGCUCCGGUGGGCAGUAACUCCCGCAUUGAUACAGCAUGUGGGCAGUAAGAGCUCUAAAGGAGACGACUUUCAUACGAAUUCCAAAUACCAGCGCAGUGUCGCCGAACGCAUCUGGAAUUUCGCAUUUGAGAUGAACGACCCAGAGGCGCUUCGUGCCGAGCAUCUGGCGCACUUGGAAGCAGCUUGA